UGCUGCGAAUGACCGGGAAGUUACAGGGCAUCGAAAUGUGAGCAGACCAGCAGGAACAGCUUCAAACCGGUUUCAGCACCGCCGCAACAAAAGCGGCGCGAGCACGCUGGCUGAGCACACGCGCACAAAGCGCGCGCACUCAGCACGCGCACCGGCCAGCUGGUGUGAGUGAGCUGAACAGGGGGGUUUAAAAAAAAGAGGCUAGUUUUGUUUUGUCAUUUAUCAACAACAACAAAAAAUAUAUAUAUAAAACGACAUGAUUUCACGGUUCGGUCGUGUAGCGGUCCAGAGAGGCGGUUCAGCAUCUUAACUGCGCCUCAGUACGUCUCACUGACCCGCUGCGCAUUUCUGGUUUUUACAGGGUCUCUUUGCUUCUAACAAUGAGUCUUCAGAGCACCAAGAAAGCCCCGGAUGGAGGUUGGGGUUGGGUCAUCGUGGUGGCCUCAUUCAUGGCCCUGCUCCUUGGCUACGGCUCUCCCCAAUCUGUUGGAGUGCUGUAUCCAGAGUGGCUCGAUGCUUUCCAAGAAAGCAAGGGAAUGACCGCGUGGGUUGGUUCUCUCGUCUCCGGGGUCGGCCUCAUUGCCAGUCCCAUCUGUAGUGCGUGUGUGGUAAACUUUGGAGCCAGGCCUGUAACCAUUUUCAGCGGAGUCAUGAUUUCUGGAGGAUUAAUGCUGAGCGCCUUCGCCCCUAAUGUCCACUUCCUUAUGUUUUCCUAUGGCAUAGUCGUCGGAGUAGGCUGUGGACUCCUGUAUGCUGCUACUGUAACCAUCACAUGCCAGUACUUUGACAAGAAGCGUGGCCUUGCUCUUGGCAUUGUUACCACAGGUACAAGUAUUGGAGGAUUUCUUUAUGCCACUGCACAGAAUGAAUUCGUCGAGCUUUUUGGUCUUGAUGGCUGCCUGCUGCUGAUCGGAUCGUUUGCUUUAAACAUCAUCGCCUGUGGUGGACUAAUGAGGCCGCUGCACAUGCCAGCUUACUACCUCAAGCAGAGAGCUGCCCUGGUGGAGAAGGCUGAAGAGAAGCUUUGUGAAAGGCCACUGCACCUGGACAGCACCAUCGAAAAGAACCUGCCUGUCACCGAUCUGCUGAUAGCAGUGGAGACCAAAGAAAUUUUGGCUUCGGAAAGGGAACUGCUGAUCUGCUCAGCCAUGGUCAAACUGUUCAAAAAGAAGCAAAAGGCUUACGUUGAGUACUUGCACUCCAUCGCUGAACAAAUGAGGGACCGGGUGUUUGUAGCCAUGUGCUCAGCUCUGUUCCUCUACACUGUGGGUGGAUUUCCUCCAAUGCUCUUCCUGGAGGAUGUAGCCCAAACUGAGGGGUUGAUUGAGGGCAUCAGCGUUGUCCCUCUCGUCUCAAUAUUUGCUAUCGCAGGGGGAGUUGGGAAGCUACUGCUGGGAAUGGCAAUGGACAUCCACUGGAUGAAUAGCAUAUGGCUCUACGGCGUCACACUGGUAGGCAGCGGUUUAGCACUUCUGCUGAUCCCGUUCACUAAAAGCUACAUAGGGCUCCAGGUGAUCUCAGCAGUGCUAGGUUUCUUAUCAGGGAACUGGUCCAUCACACCCUACAUGACCACUAAGGUGGUGGGCAUAGAUCGGCUCACCGAGGCCUACGGGAUCUUGAUGUUCUUCAGUGGCUUUGGGAUCAUGCUCGGACCUCCAAUUGUAGGCUGGUUCUAUGAUUGGAUGCAGUCGUAUGACCUGGCCUUCUACUUCAGUGGGAGUUGUGUACUGCUGGGUGGAGUGCAGCUUCUACUUUCUGCCUUGUCCUGCUGGGACAAAACCAAUGAAUCAUCUGCCAAACCUGAAGAAGAGUGCACUCAUAACUGUGACAGCGUGGCUGCUGUAGCCUAAAGGACAGACAGUCUUUUCCCUGCUUCUGAUUUGCCUGCUUAAGCCUGGUUGGAGAUGUUUUUGGUUAAUAUACUUUUCCAUAAUUCAUUAUGCCUUAUUUGUUCAUUGGUUUGAGUAAAAUUCUUGUAAUUUGAGGAUUAAUUCAGUUGGUGUAUUGACAACACCAUGUUAAACUGUUGGACUCAAACUUGUCCUGGCCUCAGUCAGUCAUUUCUUAGCCUUGUUUUAAGAGGCUCCAGGGUAUGGUGGCAAUUUUUCUAAAUUAGGUGAUGCUGUCUGUUUUUCUUGGAAUGCAUGUUCAUGCAUUGUGUUUCAUUCACUGUAGUUUUGUAGUAACAAAUCUUUAUUGCCAUGACACUCGUUCAAGACAUGAUGCAAAUGUCAGACGUUUUGUUUUUUAAUUCCUUACUUUUUUACCAAGAUGCAACACUAUAUCACAUUCUGAUCCCUUUAAUAAGGAACUGUUUAUUUCGUUGUUAUCGUUGCUGUUGUUAAUUUUGUACCAAAGCUAUUUGAUUUUCCCUGCCUCAGACAAAGGGUUAAAUUGACAAUCGCACACCACAAAUUUUAAACCCAUUCUGUCUUUGUGCUGCCGAAGUCACUUUUCCACAGUGUUGGCCUUUGAUACCACGAAAAGGUGACAAGUCUGAUUCAAAAACCAAGUGUCUAUGUUUGUCGGAUGACACAGCUAUGCUGUCAUUCGGGAUUUCUAUUCAUUUUAAGCAAUAUGUACUUGUUUUAUUGGUCUGUUUCGAUUUGUAUACUCUUAAACUUCUAGACUGCUAGACUGUUGUAUUUUUACAGUACAUGCACUGAAGUAGAUUGCACAGUGUUGAUUUUGUUUAAUUUUUAGAUGACGAGUUCUUGUACUUGAACUGCUACUGUGUGAUAUUGUGUAAUAAAAAAAUGACAAAUUUUCUUUGUUUGUAGGGUCAUAAAAAGGUAUGAAAGACCCUUUUACUGUCUUGAAGUACACAGUGUCACUUGUGAUAUUUAUUCUUGUAUGUUUUUUUUUUUUAACCUUGUAUGAUUUUUACAAAAUAGAAAUAAACUAAGCUU